AGCUACUAGCCUACUACUGUUUCUUCGAAACCCCCUAGUUUUUCUUUCAUCCAUUUGAAUUUGAUAUAGCAUCACUCAAAUAGAUACACAUCAAGAUCGUAUCUUUGAAAUUCAGAAAAAGUCCAACAAAUUUGUGUGAUUUGAAAUCAACAUUGCAACUUCUAGUUCUUGUGAAAUCCUUCUUUCUUUUAAUAGCACUUAACAUCUUCCGUCUUUAGAAUCACAACAUUUCAGCAAAUUUUCAAUAGCCGUCAAUUCAAAUUAGUAGCAGGACUCAACAAACUCUCUGAAUUUCUUUACAUAUUAGCUACAAAAUGAAUUCUUCUAAUAAUAUUCCGAAUGAUCACGGAGAAUUAGGAAAUUUCAAAGUCUCUUCUAGUAACCUAACAGCAAACGAUGUAGGCAAUUCACUUAAUAAGCAGCUGGAUGAGCUUUCUAAUUGGGGUCAAGUGCUGGCGAUACUAUGAGGUAUAAUAAAAGAUAUCAUAAAAAUAUACCCUGAAUUUGGGACAAAGUUGGAAGAAGACAAAUCGAACCUACUUCACCUGGCUUCAGAAUAUGGAUAUGUCAAUAUUGUUAAGGCGCUAACAUCUAGAAGUACCACCAAUGAGGGGAUGAGUCCAUGCAUUAGAUUGGAUAAAAAUGAAAAGAAUCCUCUUGAUUAUGCUGCCAUGAACGGGAAGACGGAAGUUAUUCGGUUAUUGCUCGAAGCUCUCUCACACUCAGCAACAACUAGUGAUGUAAUUAUUGCUAGCGUGAAAAAGGCGCUGUAUCUUGCCCUUAGAGGGAACCAAGGCAAUGCUUUCCGCGCACUCGCUAUAAAGUUUAUGGAGAACUGGGAUAAUGUGGAAAUCAUCCAAGAAAAAAAUAAGCUACUAAUGGGAACUCCGAGGUCGUCCGAUGAUGUCCCAACCGAAGAUUUUGAAGCUUUGAACAAAAAGCUCAUGUCGGCUAUUCGACAGGAUCAGGAAGGAAUUGUUCGCCUGAAUGAGUUCCUGGCUAGCAAACAGAUGAUCUAAUAGAUGAGAUCAACAAAAUGAGGCAUGAAUUUGAACCGGACGAAG